AACACUACGCUGAUAUACGCUACACUACACUAUACACUACUUUACACUAUACCGUACGCUACUGCACACUCAUGCCUGUCAAACCACACGGUUUACCCCAUUUUCUUGAACAGGAGAAAUUGAGUUUUUAGGUCCAUAAAGCGUACAGAUAUUUCAGUGUGAGCAACAGAAAUGUGUCUAUUUGUUUGUCUUUCUUCCUUGUGAUGGGACUUUGUAGGAUGAACGUUGAGAUUUACAAGGGCACGGGUUGACCAAUAAGGCGUGACAAGGUCUGUAAUAAGGUAGGCGCUGGCAAGGGGAUUGGCAGGUAUGCUGAAAGUGUCUCCAAUAAAUAAGCGAUCCGUCAAAACCCAAACCACGCCCCCCACUUUUGGCGCCAUGCUACCAUAUAUGGGCAAGGACACGCCCACCCCAGAGUGUCCACUUUUACUUCACGUCGGCUUUAGCCGCGUGUGCUCCACAAAAGAGACCCAACCUCAAGCCACCUUCGCGAGGGUCGUUCAGUCGAGCGCUGAGGUCUCUUCGCUGACGCACACACACAUUCCGCUCAGGGUUUAAACAACCCCCCUCCUCCCCCCCGCUCCACCCCCCCAAAAAAAACCGAUAAAAUAUUCUCUCAAACGGCCGAAAAUAGGGGGCUUGAUUAAAAAAAAAGGACAUGAAUUUCUCAACUCGCCUGCUCGUUCUGAUCGUCACGAUGUCUGCUACCGUAACGACAGCACGUGCCCUUCAAUGUUUCGUGUGCAUCGCCGCGCCCAGCAAUGAGAACUGCAAUGGGAACGGCCCCGUGAAUUGCACAGAGGGCAUGGACGCGUGCCAGACGAAUGUUAUCGGCGCCGUAGGGUUCAACACCUUCACCAAGCUGUGCUCCACCUCGGGAGUCUGUGCCUCCCUGGCCCUCACCAACAUUGACCUGGUGGUCGGAAGCGUCCGCACGACCUGCUGCACCGAGGACCUGUGCAACGCGUCGAGGGGCGGCCCAAGUCUCCACGGGCCCCUCGGCCAUGCUGGUUCACUCCUCAUCCUCCUCCUCCUCUGCCUCCUCCUCGUGGCCACGGCCACGUUCUAG